UACUCUGUGUCUAUGGCGUCAUUGAGCUCAAGCAGUGGAUCGAUGCGCUUGUUCGUGGAUUCCUCGGACAUUCAAGCUUGGAAGAAAUGGCUUCCAACGGGCGUUUUCUACGGGGUUACAACAAAUCCGUUGCUCCUCAGAGAAUCAAAUGUAGCAUGUCAAACUAAAAGUAUCGGCGUUCUUUCGAACCAAGCACUUCGCCUGGGGGCAAAAGAGAUACACUUGCAAGCCUGGGGAAAAUCUUCGGACGCGCUGCUGCGUACUGCCUCAGAGCUCGCCAGCAUUGACAGCUCAGUCGUGGUACAAAUCCCUGCAACUUAUGAGGGCUUGAGAGCUGCCAGCAAACUCAAGGAUAUGGGAGCUCGUAUUGCGUUGAUUAUAUAUUCUAUGCAUCAGGCGCUCUUAGCUCUGGGGAUCGGUGCAGAAUAUGUGACUCUGGACGUUGGCAAGUCUCCCUCUGACGAAGAAUCGAAAGCGAAAAUGUGCAGCAGCGUUCAGGGCCUGGUACGUCGGGCAAGCGGUACAACCAAGCAGCUCGUGGCCAACGUACUCAGCUUGGACGAGUUGACAACUUGUUUAGUGGCGUCAUCACCAGCAAAUCAAGCUAAUUCCUUCGCUUUGACGCCAUCCGCCAUAGGGGAGCUGUUUGCGGACAAAUUCACCGAAGACAUGGUAAACGAGUUCGAAGCCGCGGCAUCAAAGAACAAUUUCAGCUUGUUUCUUUGACGGACAGGGGAAGGGCAAGCUGAGAUAAAACUAUACACGGGCUUGUCUUCGCAUUCACAUGCAGACGAGCGCUGCUCUUCCUUACUUGCGAAGAAAGCCGCUGCUGGCCAUGUUGCAUCCACCGCUCAACUUGUACUUAAGCUCCGUAGCUGAGAAUCAAAGCUCAUGUGGCCAAAGGGACGAUUUUCUUCUCCGGUUUCGUUGUUUUCCUGCUCGUCCCUGGUAACUUUUUAUUCUCUGUACCGAUCCAUGGGGCCUGCUGCGAUGCUGGCUGGACUGGCAUUCGACUUUUCCCAGCAGCUUUUAGUUUUAUAAGGAUCAAAGUGGGGGGGAAUGCACUCUCGAUCAUUGCAAUGCGGCGCGGGGAAGCGAGAAUUUUGAGACGAAAAGACGAGUCAAGCAAAGGCAAGGCUUUCGUGAUACUCUUGUUUAACAAUGCCUUGUCUCUCUCGGGUACAUCCACUUGAGAAGGAAAGAAAGAGAGAUCAUUUGCCGGAA